AUGAAAGGUAAGAGAAAGUCAUGUGAAAUCUUUGACCUUCAACUUACAGUGAGGGACCUGAUCCAGUGGCAAAAAACGUAUCAUUUUGCAUCCGGGAAGUAUAAAAAAUGCGGCAAAAUACCUCCCUCUCUAACUAAAGAAACUCCGUUUUGAAGGGCUCCCUCACAAAAAGAGUGGGUGCGCUUUUGAAAUCGGAGUUUUUUCACUUGGAGAGGGAGGUAUUUUGCCGCAUUUUUGAUACUUCCCUGAUGCAAAAUGGUACGUUUUUGGCCAAUGGAUCAGGUCCGCCACUGUAUUAUAAUCUCUAUGUCAAUUUCAGCACAACUGAUGGCCUAUGUUUGCGUCUACAGUUUGAUAACAUUCUCGAUCUAUCUUACAAUAUAUACUAUGCUUAUAUAUAAUACUAAUCAUAUACUACAAUUUACUAAUUUGUUACUAUAAUAAUUAACCAUUUUGUGCCAUAUUGUCGCUAUUUGUUAUUGUAAUAAAAUUUUUCCACCGGAUUUGUCUGGUAUUUUGAUGGUGUGAGGGAACAUGGAGCUGUCGAUCAAGUUGUAAUAGUUUUUAAAGUUGAUUAUCAAAUAAUUUCAAUUCUUUUUCAACUUUGAUGUCAUGAAUAAUAUCAGAAAUCUUCGAUUUUGGCUCUAACUGGAAUCAAAAAGUCUUCUCGACAGGCGGAUCGGAGGAAAAAUCGUGAAACCGGCUCUAGGCGGGCCAAAAAGGUCUUGCCGUGUUUUUUGCACCGUGCGGGCGCAUGAAUUCGGAGUUGCGACAAGGUGCCGCGCGACAAGAAUUCGGUGGGGUGCGAAAGAAGAACGCACUGUGCAUUGUUUACCCUUUUCCAAAACAAUCUUUUCGCACUGUGCGGGGUCGCAGCGCACCGUGAAGUUUGCUUGUCGCCGCGACAGAUUGCUCGCGCGACGACAGACAUCUCAAGACUUUUUGUCCCGCCCAGUUCUCAUUUUUGAGGUCUCUGGAACGAUUCCAAACCAUUCCCAAUCGCAAAAUGUUGGGAAAAUGUUUUCGUGCCGAGACCAAAUUAAAGGGUUUUUGAGUUGGCAUAUUCGUGGAUUUUUCCGCCUGAAAUCUCCUCCAAUUCCAUACCCUGAAGAACAGCGACGUCAUUCACCACGUUCUCACUUUAUUUUUACGUGGAAUUUUGCCAAAUUGCCUUAUUUACGCAAAAUUCCAUAAAAUUUUAUUCGAUAUUCCACUCGCCUUUUUUUAGCCACGUUUCAACUUGAUUUUUCGCUUUUUCCCUCCUUGUCUAUUAUUGUACAAGUCCUGUAGAGAUCGUGGAAGGAUUGUGAAUCAAUUUUUCCAGGGAUUUGACAUGUUUAGCAAACUCUUUUUACCUGAUAUUACACUUGCCACGUAAAUCUUCGGAUCCCGACAAAAAUCUUAUCGAAUAAGCAAUCUAUCGAACAUUUCAGUUUCUUCCGCACUUUGUUUCUCUGCUUCCACCUACUUCCCGGAUUUCCAGCGAUAAUCGUGGUUUUUAUGUUACACUUGGUAAUCUGAUGUUCUAGGCUCCAAAUUUCAGGUAUUUGGGAGAUAAAACUGGAUCAACACUAGGACUCGACUCCCGUGGAGGCUGUGGAAGCAUGGCGUCGAUAAAAUUGCUGCAGAAUGCGGGCAGGUAAGAGGUUUUUAUAUUGCACUUGGUUUUUAGGUAACAUAAGAUUUGGUUUUGCUUCAAGCUCUGGUGGAAAGAGUAUUAAAAUUGUCGUACUGUCAAUUUUGUUGAAGAUUAUGGUCUUUACCACAAAAUUUUCAGGAAUUUGAUUGUGUGUCUGGUCAUUUCCACACUGUUCGUGGCGCCCGAUGAGCACGACCACACCUACAAGGACAAUGAAGAAGUUGUCUUGUGGAUGAACACAAUUGGUCCCUAUUCCAACCGUCAGGAGACCUACUCCUACUUUUCGCUCCCGUUUUGCCGUGGAACCAAGGAGAAUAUCGAGCAUUAUCAUGAGACUUUGGGGGAAGCUCUACUUGGUGUUGAACUUGAAUAUUCCGGCUUGGAUAUUAGAUUCAAAAGUAGGGAAUUUAAUCGAUUUUUUGGAGUUUUUUGUUUCAGCCAACCAAGAGAAGACCACAUACUGCAAAAAGGUACUGUCCGGCGCCGAUGUGGAUGCUUUAGUUUAUGCUGUCAAGCACAACUAUUGGUAUCAGAUGUAUAUCGACGAUUUGCCAUUGUGGGGUAAGAUUUUUUGCUGUUUUUGUUGAAGUUUAGAUAGAAGAAGAUAUUCUGGCUCUUGUUGGACAAAGGCAGUUUAGAAAACCCUAAAAUAUUUUUGAGGAACGACUGAUAUUAUUCAUGGCCAUCUUGAGACCUAAAAUUGUUUAUUUUGGACUUUCCAUGAGUUUUUGUUUUGCUUUUUGUUGUUAGUUGCAUAGAGGAGGUUUGUUAGUUGCAUAGAGGAGGUCUUUACGCAUCUUUGAAGACUAAAAUUGAUCAAGACUCACAAGUUUUUCUUGCCGAAACAGCCGAUAUUAUCCAUGACCUCCCAAAAUAUUUUGAUCUCUGAAAUAAUUCCACUUCAGCCCUUGUUGGUGAGCAGGACCCGACCUCCAAAGAAGUCACAAUCUACACGAACAAGCGCUUCGAAAUUGGCUACAACAACGACCGGAUUGUCGACGUUUCUGUGGUUGUUGAGGACAAGAAGACGAUCAAGGCCGGAGACGAGAUUUCAUUCACUUAUUCCGUCAACUGGAAGCCCUCGAACAUUGAGUUCGACAAGCGGUUUGAGAAGUACUUGGAUCCCACCUUCUUCCAGCACCGAAUUCAUUGGUUUUCGAUCUUCAAUUCGUUCAUGAUGGUCAUCUUCUUGGUGGGCUUGGUCUGGAUGAUUCUGCUACGAACGCUGAGCAAGGACUAUGCUAGAUAUCACAAGGAACUCGAUGUUGAGGCUGUAAGGGAGCUUUUGAUUUUAUUUUGGAAGGUUUUGGGGUGGUUUUAGCAAUUUUUUAUAUUACACUUGACCGGCUCAUGGAUAAUAUAAAUUUUGUUGUUUUUUGCUUAAAUUUUGAUGGGAAUGUAAAAUAUGAAUCAUAAUUAAUUGUUUUAAAAGCAUCUGGACAUUAAGUUUUGACUGAUUUUAAAAAAUUUUUUGGUAGUUGACCUCAUGGAUAAUAUAAUUUUUUUCGAGUUUUGCCAAAAUUUUGGUAGAAGUUGUCAGAAAUGGCCUAUUUGUUCUAAUUACGUAAAAAAUAUAAGGGUUCCCGGAUUUUUUUCAAAUUUUGCCAGUUGAUUUCAUGGUGAAUAUAAUUUUUGUUAUUUUUUCCCAACUGUUUAUAAUUUUAUGAGUUGAUUUGCAGGACGAAGAACUCUCGGACGAUUACGGAUGGAAACAAGUCCACGGCGAUGUGUUUCGACCCCCUCAGCACCCACUUUUCUUCUGCUCCUUGAUCGGAACUGGGUAUCAUUUGGCCUCGGUCCUGUUCAUCACAAUCGCCCUAGCCAUUCUCGCUGAAUUCUACACUGAGUAAGGGGGAAUUGAAGAUUAUUUGAGCCAAAAAUUUUGCUAUUUUUAGACGGGGAUCACUGCUUUCCGCCACGAUCUUUGUGUAUGCCAUCACGGCGCCAGUGAACGGAUUUUUCGGCGGUUCGAUGUACUCCCGAGUGAAUGGGCAAAACUGGAUCAAGCAGAUGACCAUGGGCGCCUUUUUGUUCCCCGGAUUCCUUGCCUGGGUCGCGUUGUCCAUCAACACCGUCGCGAUUUAUUAUCAUGCCUCCAGAGCGAUUCCAUUCACUUCUAUGGUAAGAAAUACCUUUUAGAUAGCCGGAUUUGGGCUUUAAAUAGAAGCCUUAUUGCAUUUAGUAUCUUUUGAAACAAAUAGUAAAUGGUUACUUCGUAUUUUGCAACUUUUAUGGUCAAUUUUCUCAAAUUUUAUAUUAAUUUAGACCCAUUGUUUUGAAGUGAUCGGAAAUAAUGUUGAAAUUCGUUUCAGCUCUCCAUUUUUGGUAUCAAUAGAAGCCGUAGGAUAUGUAGUAUAUUUUGAAACAAAAGAGAAAUUGGGUUGUUCGUAUUUUACAACUUUUAUGAGAGAUUUUUCUCGAAGUUUAUAUUAAUUUAGACCCGUUGUUUGAAGUGAUCGAAAAUAAUGUUUAAAUUCGUUUCAGUUCUCCGUUUUUGAUAUCAUAGAAGCCUUAGGACAUGUAGUAUCUUUUGAAACAAAUAGUAACUGGUUGCGUCGUAUUUUACAAAUUUAUGAGAGAUUUAUCUCAAAAUUUAUAUUAAUUUAGACCCAUUGUUUUUAAGUCAUCGGAAAUAAUGUUCAAAUCUGUUUCAGCUCUCCAUUUUUGGCAUCUGCGCUUUUGUCAUCCUUCCAUUGAACUUUGUCGGCACCCUACUUGGCCGUAAUCUCAAAGGACAGGCGGACAUUCCGUGCAGAAUUAAUGUGGUCCCAAGACCAAUCCCCGACAAGAAAUGGUAUUUGGAGCCGGGAGCCAUCUCAAUCAUUGCUGGAUUUUUGCCAUUCGGCUCGAUUUUCAUUGAAAUGUGAGAUUUGGGAGGGUUUUUGGGGUAUUUUGGUAUUAGAUGAUGUCAUGGAUAAGAUAAUUUUUUGGGAGAUUUUGUUGGAAAUUGGAAGAAUUGACUUAUAGACACUUUUUACAUCAUGUAUUGCCAGAAUUUGAGGGAAAUUCGCAGAAAUUUUUUGGAUAUUACACUUGGCGAACACAUGGAUAAUAUAAUUUUUGUCGAAUUUUUACCCAAAUUUUGCUCAUUUUGGUCAAGUUGUUAUGUGAAUGUUCCAGGUAUUUCAUUUUCACGUCCUUCUGGGCCUACAAGAUCUACUACGUGUACGGGUUCAUGCUGUUGGUGGCCAUCAUCCUGCUGGUCGUAACUGCGUGCGUAACGAUCGUGUCGACCUACUUCCUCUUGAACGCCGAAGACUACCGCUGGCGAUGGUCCUCGUUCACUGCGGGCGGCUCCAUUUCCAUCUACAUCUACCUGUACUCGAUAUAUUACUACUUUUUCAAAACGAAGUAAGUCAAGGUGGGGUGCAAAGAAAUGCUGAUAUUGGGGGAGUUGAGGGAGAUUUAGAGGGUUAGUGGGGGUUAUUCGGUAGAUAAGAGACUGUAGAAGGAAUUAAGAGUUGAUUUGGGAAAUUUGAAGAUUUGUUGAGGAAAGUUGUGAGGGUUCAAACUUGACCUAAAAUAAGGUCCGAAAUUGAUAAAAAAAAAUUUUAAAAUGGGAAUGGAAAGUGAAAUCUUUGGUGAAUAAGGCUACUAAGAGUGUAAACUCUUUAUGAGAAGUAGUUUUAACAAGUUUAAGCGAAAAAUUUUUUGUGGAAUUUUCAUAAAAUGGAAAAUUUUUUUGGACUUUGGUCUCUAAAACACGAUUUUUAUCGAAAUUUCGAUGAAUGCCGAGCAUUAUCGCGCCAAUUUCAGGAUGUACGGCCUGUUCCAGACCCUCUUCUACUUUGGCUACAUGGGCAUCUUCUCGGUGGCGCUGGGCAUCCUCUGCGGAACCAUUGGCUACGUGAGCUCCGCCUCCUUCGUCCACAAGAUUUACUCGCGAAUCAAGCUGGAUUAA